AUGGGGCUGGCGGUGUUCGCGGGCUGCGCGCUGGUGUCCUUCGGGCCGGCGCUGGCCCUCUUCCUCCUCACCGUCGCCGCCGACCCCCUCCGCAUCAUCAUCCUCAUCGCCGGGGCCUUCUUCUGGCUGGUGUCGCUGCUGCUGUCGUCGCUGCUGUGGUUCGUGGCGGCGUCGGCGAGCGACGCGCGGGCCGAGGCGCUGCAGAGGGGGCUGCUGGUGGGCGGCGUGGUCGCCUCCGUCCUGCUCCAGGAGGCCUUCCGCCUCCUCUACUACAAGCUGCUCAGGAAGGCGAUUGAGGGGCUGGUGGCCCUAAGCGAGGACGGAUGCUGCCCCGUCUCCAUCCAGCAAAUGGCCUACGUGGCCGGCCUGGGCUUUGGACUCAUGAGCGGCGCUUUCUCCAUGAUCAACCUGCUGGCUGACGCUGUUGGGCCUGGCACCGUGGGCAUCCAUGGCGACUCUCAGCUCUACUUCCUGACUUCAGCCUUCAUGACUCUGGUGAUGAUUUUCCUCCAUACCUUCUGGGGAAUCAUCUUCUUCCACGGCUGCGAGACCCGACAGUGGUGGGAGGUUGGUGUGGUGGUCAUCACGCACCUCAUCGUCUCAAGCCUGACCUUUUGGAAUCCCAUUUACCUGGGCAGCCUCCUUCCUUCCUACCUGCUGAUGGCAGCUAUGGCUGUGUGGGCCUAUCUCCUCUCAGGUGGCUCAAAGAAAAACCUGCACCACUUCCUUCUGUGCCUCCGGAGUGGGACCAGCAGGCCUCCACCGCCCCCGCCGCCGGGAUCCUGA